GCUUUGUAUAUUUCUGUAGAGUUGUGUCGUUGAUGAGGAGCAGAGAAAGAGUUUCUUUAGCCAAGUUUGACAUGUUUCGAUCAUUAUUUUCAUCUAGGUUUUUUCGCAGGCCUUGUGAGAAUACGCUUUAUCUAUCAACUUACGGUUACAAGCGAACCAGACAGGUUCGGCUAAAUAUUGGACUAAAUAUUCUUGUAGAAUAUGACACUGCUAUUAAGUUAACUAGUGAAGUAAUUUGUGUAAUAAACCCCUUGUUAUAUUCUUGCUACACCGUUUUAUAUUUCCUCAAUUUUUUUUAUUCUGAACCCAACCGUCAUCAUGUUGGUACCUCAGACUUCAGUCAAUCUUGGCAAAAAAUGGCCUGAUCACCCAAUCUCUUGUCAAUGCACCCAAUCGAUAUUCAGUUUAAACAACGUCUGGCAUACGUUUGAUCUCGAACCUGGUCGUUAUGGUCGUUUUUUUAAUUCUUUCUCUCAAUGUCGCUCCGUCCUUCGUCCACAGCGUCUUCUGGUCCAAACCCCUACGGUCGCAGUCUUCGGAAUCUGGAUACUAGCCAAGUUGGUGUCGCAUGCGAACUUAAGCAGAAAAAAUUGCACGUUACUCAUGUUACCGUUCUCUACGAUAGACCUGUUACAACUCGAGAAUCAUGGAUCGUUUCCUAUUCAUCAACCCUUCCGUCCUACAGUCGCACGUUUCGCUGAUCAGUUCCACGAAUGAAGCCGCUACCUAUCGAAAGUACAAACCCUUUUAAGAAGAGAACGCGAUUGUUUUAACAGAAACAUUUAUUAUUAUACCUAAAUGUACCA